UUAGGAUUGCCAUUCUUUGGCUAAAAUACGUAAAUGGUGUGUAAGAUUUGGCGCAUAAGUACUUUUUCUCUCUGAAAAAUAAUCAUCUUUGGCGCAAUAUGAGAAUAUUUUUGCAUUUGUCGAAAGUGAUUUCAGUUUCAGUUUCAGUGAACUGGAAGAACUUGUCUACCUUUCUUCUGUGAUGUGCGUACUACUUUCGUAAGCGGCAGAUUUUCUCAACACAUUGCUAACGACAAACGAAGGAAAAUAGAGUGUUUAGUUUUUAGUUGUAACAAAAAUUAUGCUGAUAUUAUGUCCGUUUCAUUAAUUGCUCUCAGAAUAGAAAUAGCAUCGGAAUAUCCUUUAUUACCUCAUUUGUAUUUUUUGGCAACUAGAAAAAAGAGGAUUAUGGCUACUGAAAUCAGUAAAAGCAAACCAAAUGAUUCAGAGGAAAGCACUUUAAAUUUAGAAGAAAAUGGACGUAAAUACUCCAUAGAAAAAUGUCGUGGUUCUCGAGUACUUGAAGAGAUUACUAUAGAAACUAUCACAAAUUCAAAUUCUUCUAUUUCUGAAGAGACUGUGGCAGAUAAUUUUAAAGAUAAAACUUCAAAAACAAGUGAGGCAUCAAAGUCUUUAUCACAUCAAAAGCCCAGUGUAUCAUCAGCAAAGGCUGCAAAAAGCAAAGCAAAUGAAAAGAAAUCGAAUACCAAUCCUUCAAAAAAAAUAUCAAAGAAUGAUACAGGUCAGAAAGAAAAGCUAAAAUCUAAAAAUAAUGGUGAAGCUGUAAGUAAGGAAAAAAAUAUUUCUUCAAAACAGAAUGAAAAUGCUAUUUCUUCUGAAGAAUCUACUAACAUUCUUCCUGUUGAAGUAGUCACUGAAGAUGGUGCCCCAAAAGACAGUUCGAGCUUGCUGGAAUGUGCAAAUUCUGAUCCAGAGAAAAGGAAUCGAUUACUCCAUCCUGGCCCAAUUAAUUUUUCAUCUGGAAAUCAUUUUGUAGAAGUCACUAAAGGACUGCUUCAUUUAUAUAAAGAAAAUCACCGUACAACUCUUGCAGAAGAAGCUGAAAGGAGUGAAAUGCUUUGUAUUUUAGCUGUUCCAGCAGCAAUGACAUCACAUGAUUUGCUUCAAUUUGUUGCUCCAGUCUAUGAUGAUAUUGAAAAUAUGAGGAUUAUUAAGGAUAAUAAGCCUAAUCAAUAUAUGGUUCUUCUGAAAUUUAGGAAUCAACUAGGUGCUGAUAUAUUUUACAAAAAUUUCAAUGGAACACGAUUUAACUCUAUUGAGCCAGAAGUUUGCCAUCUUGCUUUUGUAGCAAAAGUUGAGACUAUUAAGGAAUCUGAGGAAGUUUGUUUACCUUUACCAGGGCUUACAGAGCUUCCUACUUGCCCUGUUUGUUUAGAAAGAAUGGAUGAAUCUGUUGAAGGUAUUUUGACUAUUCUUUGCAAUCAUUCAUUUCAUGGUAGUUGUUUGGCAAAAUGGGGAGAUACUAGUUGUCCUGUAUGUCGUUAUUCUCAAACACCUGAACUGAUGCCUGAUAAUAGAUGUGUUACAUGUGGCUCACAAGAAAGUUUGUGGAUUUGUUUAAUAUGUGGAAAUAUUGGGUGUGGACGUUAUGUGGAUGGCCAUGCAUAUCAUCAUUAUUUAGAAACACAGCAUACAUAUGCAAUGCAGCUUGGCAAUAAUCGUGUAUGGGAUUAUGCUGGUGAUAAUUAUGUACAUCGUUUGGUUCAAAAUAAAACUGAUGGAAAACCUGUUGAAUUGGAACCUGUUUGGGUUGAAAACGAAGAAAAAAUGGAUUCUAUGCAACUUGAAUAUACAUAUUUAUUGACCAGCCAAUUAGAAGCUCAAAGACAUUAUUUUGAGGAUCGCUUAACUCGAAUUGAAACUGAAGCUUUGAAGCAAUUGGAGGAAAUGAAAGAAAAAACAAAACAUGCAGUAGAUGAAAGGAAACAACUGGAAGAGAAAUUAAACAGAGUUACUAAAGAAAAACAAAGCAUGGAUAAAAAAAUAUCUCAGUUAACAUCAAAAGUGAAUAGAAUUGCAAUGGAACUGAAAGAUGAAAAAGAGAUAAACAAGUGCCUUAGGCAAAAUCAAGCUUUGUGGCAGCAAAAAUUGAGUAUUGCUGAUAAAGCCUUAAAAGAAGUGAGAGAAACGAAAGAUAAGGAAAUCACAGAUCUUCAAGAACAGGUUCGAGAUUUAAUGUUUUACUUUGAUGCCAAAGAUAAACUGAAAGAUGUUCCAAAUGUAUCAAGUCAAGAAAUCCAAGAAGGACAAAUAGUAAUUGGAGAGGCAUCAGGAAUAUCUACUGAGACCACUAAGCAUCGUAAAAAAAAACACUAACGCAACCCACUUUGGUAUUUGUAUAAAACGUUUUUAAUGUGCUACAUCUUAUGUACAAGAGCUUUAUAAAUACAAAACUAACAAGCUGUAAAUGUAACUCAAAUUUUAUUAUUUUGCAGCUUUUAUAUGUAAUUAUUAUUGAUUAUUCCGUAUCAAAUUAUUUUUAGUAUUCUUGUUUUUCUGAAUGAUUCUCAGUGAGUUAUAUAGUAAUUUUCAAAAAUAUGUCUGCACAAUUAUUAUAAUGUUUGAAUAUUCAUAUAUGUACUAGUGAUGGCAAAUAAUAUUUAGGGAUUAUUUUUUUCUGUUAGGUUUCUGUUUUCUCUAUCCAAAAGAACCCAAAUAUUUGGGAUUCUACUAUAUAUUAUCAAAGAUUAUUUCUGUUAUAAAUAUCUUUUGUAAAAUGUAUUUGAAUAUUAUUAGUCUGGCUGUACAAUAUUUCUUUUUACUAAAAGAUAACAAAAUCAGUUUUUACAAACAUUUUUUAUCAGUAUUUUAAAGAAAUUAUUUCCUAAUCAAAAUAUAAUUAAAUGAAUAUAUCAUCUGCUAAUAAAGUUCUGUUGAUUUUUUUUAUUGUUAUCUAGAACAUACAAAAGUGAAAACUUUCAAAAUUCUAGUGUAUUAAGAAGUCAGUGAAAAAUUGAGGAAAAAACUCCAUCUUUAUAAACAUAAAAAGUUAUGUAAAAUGAAACCUUAUAAAAAUAAAUGUAAAGCAUUUAAGUUUGAAAAUCUCUUACAAAUGGUUUAUUGAAUACCUGCUGACAGUUUAUAAAAUUCUUUACUUUGUUUGAACCAUUCUCUUUUUGUCAACAGUCCCUUAUUUUCAAAAUAUUUCAAUAUUACUAUGCAAGUCGAAGGGGUGGGGACUUUUGAUGUGUACUUUUGGAAUUUCUGCUUGCAUUUUAACAGAUGUAUUGUUUUUAAAGCAAUGAAAAGAAAUUUUAAUUAUCUAAUUAAAUUUUUAAAUGCUAAAAUUCUUUAUUUGCUUGGACUUUUUUUUUGCAUAAGCUUUUUAUUUCAUAGACAUUGUAUGCACAAUUCUAUGUAAGAAAAACAAUAUAAUUUUAUGCCAUGCAGACUUUGUAAUGAAUAUUUGUUAUUAGUGAACAUCAUGUAAAUAAAAUAAGAAAUAGAAAAUUUAAUAUGGUUUCAUUAUUUAAUGGUACUCUUUAAUAAUAAUAAAAAAGAAAUUGUGUGUUUUAUUUUAAAUUCUUUCUAUAUAUAAAUAUUUUUACUAUUGUUGUAAAAUUUAUGCUUUAAAACAGUGUUAAGAAUAAAUUUUCUUGACAGUUCCUUUUUUUUUUUUUAC